UUCAUGGCUGGAAAUUGUACCGUGAUUCCAAUUCCUCCUCUACUUGCACAUCGUCUCCAUCUAUAUGUAGGAAGUGGAAAUCACAAUUCCGAGUCAUGCAUCGAUGUGUUUGUCAGGAGCUUGCAAAUUCGCCCGCGCGUUCUCUCGCAUUUAUGGGGCUUCUUGUUGAUCUGUACCGCCUGACUAGAAACUUUUUGGUGAUAUAACAUGGGAAAUGUAGUUGCCAGCAGCCAAAAAGAAUUGGGCCAUAGUAAUGAGCAACCCGAUCCUGUUGCAACAAUACGCAAUGGGAAAGAAAUUCUGUUACAGGCCUUCAAUUGGGAAUCUCAUAAACAUGAUUGGUGGAGGAACUUAGAGCAAAAGGUUCCUGAUAUCGCAAAAUCUGGUUUUACAUCAGCUUGGUUGCCCCCUUCCACUCAUUCAUUUUCGCCAGAAGGUUAUCUUCCCCAGAACCUUUAUUCCCUCAACUCUUCAUAUGGUUCUGAGAACCUGCUCAAGGCUUUACUGAACAAGAUGAAAGCAUAUAAAGUUAGAGCAAUGGCUGAUAUAGUUAUAAAUCAUCGAGUUGGGACCACACAAGGGCAUGGUGGAAUGUACAACCGCUAUGAUGGAAUUCCAUUAUCAUGGGAUGAGCAUGCUGUUACUGGCUGCACUGGAGGAAAGGGGAAUAAAAGCACUGGGGACAACUUUCACGGGGUCCCAAAUAUUGAUCAUACACAAGAAUUUGUAAGGAAAGACAUUAAGAACUGGCUUCGUUGGCUAAGGAAUACUGUUGGGUUCCAGGAUUUUCGCUUCGAUUUUGCUAGAGGUUAUUCUCCCCAAUACGUGAAAGAAUAUAUUGAGGGUGCAAAGCCAAUCUUCUCUGUUGGGGAACACUGGGAUUCUUGCAACUACAAAGGCACGUACUUGGAGUACAAUCAAGAUAGCCACAGGCAAAGGAUUAUUAACUGGAUUGAUAACGCAGGACAACUGUCAGCUGCAUUUGAUUUCACAACAAAGGGAAUUCUGCAGCAAGCUGUUAAAGGAGAACUCUGGCGCUUGCGUGAUCCUUAUGGGAAGCCUCCAGGUGUCAUGGGAUGGUGGCCUUCAAGGGCUGUCACAUUUCUAGAUAACCAUGACACUGGUUCGACUCAGGCGCAUUGGCCAUUUCCAUCGGAUCAUAUAAUGGAGGGCUAUGCGUACAUACUCACACAUCCAGGGAUACCUUCAGUAUUCUACGACCAUUUCUACGACUGGGGUAGUUUGUAUCACGACCAGAUCGUGAAGCUGAUUGAUAUUAGGAGAAAUGAAGGAAUAAACAGUCGAUCGCCAAUCAGUAUUGUAGAAGCGCAGCCAAAUCUUUACGCUGCAAACAUCGGGGAUAAAAUCUCCAUGAAGAUUGGAGAGGCAUCAUGGUCUCCUUCUGGAAUGGAAUGGACACUAGCAACUAGUGGCAACAGAUAUGCUGUCUGGAAGAAGUAGUUGUUGAGUUAGUUGCUCUUUAAAUCUCACUUUGCAUUGUUGUAUUUGAUGCUAGAAAUCUACAACAAGAUUGUGUAAUGUAUUAUACAUACUACUACUACACCUUUUGUGUGUUUGAUUUUUAGUAGACAUUUUUGGGUUUUGUCCA